GGUAACGGAGGCUUUUCCCGCCGCUGGGGCUAGUCACGUGAUGAGCUGCUGUCAGUCACUCGUCCAGACGGGCUCCGAGCAGGAGGGGAGAGCGCACACCGCCGCCAUCAUGCUGAGGAAACUCACUGUGGAUCAGAUUAACGACUGGUUUACCAUCGGUAGAGAAGUGUCCGACGUCAAAUUACUGGGCACCUGGUCAGAGACUAGACAUGAGCUGGAGAAGGUGGAACGGGAAAACCAGGCCAAGAUGCCCAAGGGGACAGAACAUGAAAUUGCAUACAUUGCUAAAUUCCGGCAACUGGAAGAUCAAGAGUUACAGACAUAUGACAAGGAUGAAGUGCCAGGCACCUCCCACAAGAUUUUUGAAGUUGAUAAAAUGCCUUUGGCUGAAUACGAAGUCAGAUACCCUGAAUUGCCUAUAUUAAAGGAUAGAGAAAAGUUGAUUACUUUAAUUGAAAGCAAUGCAGUUGUGAUUAUACAUGGAGCAACUGGGAGUGGAAAAAGCACACAACUGCCACAAUAUGUCCUGGAUUACCACAUGCAGCACUCUGCCUAUUGUAAUAUAGUGGUGACACAGCCAAGGAAGAUUGCUGCAUGCAGCAUUGCCACAUGGAUCAGCAAGGAGAGGAAGUGGCCUCUGAGUGGACUAAUAGGCUAUCAGGUUUCCCUGGAGAAAAAGGCAACUGCUGAUACUCGCUUGAUUUAUAUGACCACUGGUGUUCUCCUGCAGAAAAUAGUGGCUGCUAAAAGCUUGGCUGAAUUCACUCACAUUUUUAUUGAUGAGGUCCAUGAACGCACAGAAGAAAUGGACUUCCUAUUAAUGUUCGUACGCAAACUUCUGCGAACCAAUUCAAGAAUGGUGAAGGUGAUUUUGAUGUCUGCCACCAUAAACUGCAGAGAAUUUGCUGACUAUUUUGCAAUACCAGUCCAUAGUAAAUUGGUCCCCGCAUGUGUCUUCAAAGUCGAAGGGAAACCAUUUGAUGUGGAAGUGUUUUAUCUUGAUGACUUGAAGAACAUUUCUAAUAUUAAGGUGGCGUACAGAGCUCAGUACUUUGAUGACUUGACAAUAUGUAAAGAAAUGUUUGAAGUCGCAACAUGUUUGAUACAUUUAUUUGACGAUAUGGAAAAGGAGGAGCAGAGGCACAUAAAGUUGGGGCCUAGGGAAACGCCGGAGUCAAACAGUGUACUGGUUUUUCUGCCAGGCUUGUUUGAGAUCAAGUAUAUGCAUGAGAUGUUCACAAGCAUGGUUCAUAAAAGACUGCACGUAUACCCAUUACAUUCAAGCAUAACCCUUGACGAACAGAAUAUGGUCUUCAUGGCGCCAGUGCUGGGAUACAGAAAGAUAAUUUUAUCCACAAACAUUGCCGAGAGUUCUAUUACUGUACCAGAUGUUAAGUACGUUAUAGAUUUCUGUCGGACAAAAACACUUGUAUGUGAUGAAGAGACAAAUUACCAAAGCUUGAGGCUUUGCUGGGCAUCAAAGACCAACUGUGAUCAGAGAAAAGGCCGAGCUGGACGCGUUUCUAAAGGAUAUUGCUAUAGACUUGUACACAAAGACUUUUGGAAUGAUUCUAUACCUGAAAAUGUGGUCCCAGCGAUGUUGAGAAGCCCUUUGGGAAACACCAUCUUGCGGGUAAAGGUCCUUGAAAUGGGUGAGCCGAGGGCAAUGCUUGCUACAGCUCUCUCUCCUCCAAAUGUUUCUGACAUUGAACGUACCAUACUUUUGCUCAAGGAGAUAGGUGCUCUUGCAGUUAGUGGAAAAGAGGAACAGAAUCCGUAUGAUGGGGAGCUGACAUAUUUGGGGAGAGUUCUUGCACAGUUACCUGUUGAUCUGCAGCUUGGAAAACUCAUAGUCCUUGGCCAUGUUUUUGGAUGCCUGGAUGAGUGUCUUAUCAUUGCUGCCGCACUGUCCCUAAGAAAUUUCUUUGCUAUGCCUUUUAGGCAGCACCUGGAUGGAUAUAGGAGUAAACUAAGUUAUGCUGGACAGAGUAGAAGUGAUUGCAUCGCACUUGUUGAUGCCUUCAGGUACUGGCAACAUUGCAAGGAAAGAGGUGACCUUAGACAUACCAAGGAUGAACUGCAGUGGGGCAAGUCAAAUUACUUCCAGAUAAAGAGAAUACGAGAGGUGGCUGCCCUAUAUGAAGAGCUUAAAAACCGCAUUGCCCGCCUUAACAUGCAUGUCACUCAUCAGCCACACAUGGAUCCAGAGUACAAGUACAAACAGCGAUUUAUUCUUCAGGUUGUAAUGGCUGGAGCUUUUUAUCCUAAUUAUUUUACUUUUGGGCAAUCAGAUGAAGAAACUGGAAUGAGAGAGCUAGGUGGCAAGGACCCCAAAACUACUGUUGUGCUGAAGAAUCUCCCACCCUAUGGAUUUCUCUACCACAAGCAGAUACAGUCACUCUUCAGACAGUGUGGUCAAGUAAAAUCUAUAUUGUUUGAUGUAUCAAAAGCGUUUGUGGAGUUUUCUCGCAAUCCUACUGAAAGAUUUAAGACACUCACUGAAGUACAUUUGGCGCUUAAGACUGCACAGCUGAAAGUUCCUCUUACCCUUAAUGCCCAUUCUGCAGAGACAAUUGAAGAGCUUUCUACAGGAGACACUUCUACUUUAAAAUUAACCAGAAUUACUGUGGAUUUUCAGAAACAGACUGUAGAACCUGUUCCUGUUUCCCAAACUAUUAAAGAGCAGCUGGAAACCAUAAAGGGCCUGAUUUUGUCUAUCAGUGUGACAGAGGUGGUUGAAGUCGGUCAUUUCUGGGGUUAUCGCAUUGAUAAAAGCAGUUCUGAUCUCCUUGGGCGUCUCAGUGCAGAAAUCCGUCGCCAUGAACUGACACCUCUCUCUAGAGCGGCUCAUCCAGAUCUAGUGUGCCUGGCGCCAUUUAAAGCUUUUGACAGCCCCCAGUUUUACCGUGCUCAGAUACUGUACAUUUCUGGAAGAGAAGCUGUGGUCUUCUUUGUGGAUUAUGGUAACCAGUCAAAAGUUGAGCUAAAUCUUUUGAGAGAAAUUCCCAGUGAUCUUCUGAAUCUUCCUUUCCAGGCCUUGGAGUUCAAGAUCUGCAAAAUGAGGGCGUCUGCACGGUCACUGAUAUGUGGAGAACAGUGGAGUCGUGCGGCUAGUGAGAAGUUUAACUCCUUAGUCAGUGGGUGCACACUUGUGGUGAAAGUCUUCUCUAUUGUACACAGCAUCCUGCAUGUUGAUAUUUAUCGAUAUUUCGAGACUGUUGAGCAAGUCAGCAUAAGGGACAUUCUUAUAGCUGAUGGUUUUGCAGAACCUGCUGAAGAGUCUUAUGAAUCAAAACAAAGCAAUGGAGUGCUGACAGAACUGUUCUCAUUCAGAAAUGCAAGUGAGACGAGAAACACACAUGGCUUUAACAGAAAGCAAGAGAAAGACCUGAUCGACAGGCUGCUGGAAAGUGAUCAGAAUAAUCAGUUUGGUAAACCCACCAGUAAGGUUAUUCUCCAUGGCCCUUUCCACCCAUAUGAAGUCCAGUUUCAUAGUUUGAUGAGUGUUUCCAAAUUCAGAUCUGUGUGGAUUGAAAAAGAAAGCAUUAACUCAAUAGUUGUCAAUGAUACUCCAGAAGCUACUCACCAAAGACUAUUUGUUGCGGCAUCAUUGUCUGUAAACGCAAGCGGUUCUAUGCUCAUGUUAAGAGAGACCUCGCUGCUCCCAUCCAUCCCUGGUCUGCCAGCACUUAUCAGCAUGCUGUUUGCUCCUGUAAUAGAGCUCAGAGUUGAUGACAAUAGAAGAGAGUAUACAGGCGUCCUUUGUGGUCUGGGAUGGCAGUACAGUAACCUUGCAGUAUGGCCUGAGCAUGACAUUGAAUUGGCUUUCGACGUCUCCAUCAAAGUGGAUGACAUAGUGAAGAUAAAUCAGAUAAGAUCCGAUAUUAACAAGAUAGUUUGUCAAAGUGUUGAUGGUACCAUUGGGGGGAGCGACAGGAUGGCGAGGCUCCAGGAAGCUGUUCAAGAUAAUCUGCUAAAUUUGUUCCAACAGGAGAAACCUCGCGAUGUGAUAAAUGCAAAGUGGUAUAAUAAGCUGUAUCAAUGGAAUCAGGUGGACCAGAGAUUCCUCAUAAAUCAGACAAUGAGAACAGAAGAAGAAGUGAAUUCCUAUAUCUACCAGUUACAUAAGAUUGUAAUGUUAAACCCCUAAAUAUUUUUCUUUUUCCCAAAACGUGGGGAGCUUUCAAUUAAUGAAGACAUCAGAAGUAAUGAUGUCUCAUCCUGCAGUGUGUAGUGCUGGUUGUGUUGUGUUUUUUUUUUUUCUGUUAGUUUGUUUUUUCAUGUUGUAAAUUGUUACUUUUAUGUAGAGAAUCAGUGAUAAUCCUUUUGGACGAAUUGAACAGAGAAACACUUUAAUGUUUUCUUUCCUCAUGAUAACGUUGAGAUUAUUAUUGUUAUUACUGACAAUAAAAGGUUAUAAGAAC